CUUCCAGGCUUCCGUAGCUGGAGGUGCGGAGGAACGCGGACUAUGAAGGGAGCGAGUGCCGUGUGACCAGAGGAGCUGUGAGUUUGGGAGUAUGAUGACCAUGGCACAGCUGGGUGUAGUAAUAGGAGUGGUGACAGCAGUCCUUGCCCUGGUCCUCAACUCUUCUAUACAUAAGGUGGAGGAAGGUCAUCUGGCUGUGUACUACAGAGGGGGUGCUUUACUGACUAGUCCCAGCGGACCUGGAUACCAUAUCAUGUUUCCUUUCAUUACUUCCUUUCGAUCAGUCCAGACUACUCUGCAGACAGAUGAAGUAAAGAAUGUACCAUGUGGAACGAGUGGAGGAGUUAUGAUCUACUUUGAUCGAAUUGAAGUUGUUAAUAUGCUGCUUUCUUCAGCAGUGUUAGAUGUUGUUCGAAACUACACCGCAGAUUAUGAUAAGACAUUAAUAUUUAAUAAAAUCCACCAUGAGCUGAACCAGUUUUGCAGUUCUCACACCCUUCAGGAGGUAUACAUUGAGCUAUUUGAUCAAAUUGAUGAGAACCUGAAGCUAUCUCUACAGAAGGAAUUAAAUUUUAUGGCCCCUGGACUCACCAUUCAGGCUGUGCGAGUUACAAAACCAAAAAUUCCAGAAGCAAUCCGGAGAAAUUUUGAGCUCAUGGAAGGUGAGAAGACCAAGCUCUUAAUCGCAGCCCAGAGGCAGAAGGUGGUGGAGAAGGAGGCAGAGACCGAAAGGAAGAAGGCAGUGAUAGAGGCAGAGAAGGUUGCGCAGGUGGCACAGAUCCAUUUCCAGCAGAAAGUUAUGGAAAAGGAAACUGAGAAACGCAUCUCUGAGAUCGAGGAUUCGGCUUACCUUGCCAGAGAGAGAGCUAGAGCAGAUGCUGAAUAUUACACUGCACAACAAUUUGCAGAGUCCAACAAGUUAAAACUUACACCUCAAUAUUUGGAGCUUAUAAAGUACCAGGCUAUCUCUGCCAACAACAAGAUCUACUUUGGUAGUGACAUCCCAAGUAUGUUCCUAGAUAACUUCUCUUUGAAAUCAUCCUUACAACAACAACAAGAUGAUGGGGCUUCAAAUACCGAGGGCAAAACACGAAAGAGCAAAAAAGUAUGAAGUUUGGUCAACCACUAGGAACUGAUGAUGUGGAGAUGAACACCUAGGCAAAUACCAGCCUGGAAUAGUCACCAUGUGUGCAAACUGCCACGCUACAUGCUCCUGUUUUUUUUUUUUUCUUUUUUGGUUUCUUUCUUUUACUUUGAGUCCUAAUUUUUUUUUAUUUUCUUUUUUUGUCCUCCCUAUUUUUUUAUACUGCUGCCUAUUCAAUUUAUUGCAAAUUUUCACUGUCUGAUUGGGAGAUAUAAGAUAAAAAAAAUGUGAUGCACUAUGGAAAGAGGGAUAUUCCUGAAUAGAAGUCAGUGAUUGUUUUAUUCAGCCUGAAAAUUAGCACUUGCACUGUGAGCCAUCGCUGGCACUGCAUAUAUGAACUCAUGCCAUUUAUGUAUUUGAGGUUUGUUCUGAGCUAUGGCUCUAUAUUCAAGCUGGGUUUUUAUGUACCAUGUUACUAAAUAGUACUGCGGUACAUCGUGCCGUUUACCGACUUCCAGCUGUUACUAAAUGGUUGGUUCUGGUAUGUUCCUUUACUAAGUGGCGCAAUACCCAUACUGCUUGUUACUGGCAAGAUUUUGAAAUUCUAGUCUUCUGAGAAGUUACACAAACCUACAGUGGGAAUUGUUAUUAAGUUACACUUGGGCUGUAGGCUGUUGUACAUGUAUGAUGCCGUAUGCACAAACGGAUUUUAAAGCAAUAGAGAUAUAACAAUAAUGUAAACAAAAUUAUUUGCUGUUGAUAACCAAUACUUGUUUGUUUUUUUCUUGUCUAGCUGUUUCCAUUUAUAAUAGAAAUUGAAGAUUUGUGCUUUAGAGGUGCAAUUUAUGCUCUCAAAAACAUUCACAUUUCCUGCAUUUUCUUCUAGAUUAAGGGAAGAAAAUCCAGGUUUUGUUCUGUUUUGUGUGAGACUAUUUCAUGGAAAAGCUCUCUAUUCCUACUCUCUCCAGUGCAUUUUGGAAAGUUUACUUGAUGUUGACUUUUAGUUGACCGUUGCUACGGAAUGCUUGGUUUAGAUUAUGAACCGGGGUAAAUAUAUUGUAAAAUGCACACAUCCUUCUUAAAGUGGAUUCUUUAGGCAAGCUAACCCCAGAGCGGCAGAGACAAAUGCCUGAUCUGUCCCUUGCAGACAGUGUUUUUGCUUGUAGAAUAAUUUAUUGUAAUGUUGAUGAACUUUACCAUACCUUGGUUAAUAGGGCUGGGUAUUUUUGAAUGGACUUUUGAAAAGAUGUAAGCAAAAUUUGGAAGAUAUGUUUACUCGUUAUUUAGAAUCAACUUUCAUUGGUCGCAAAGGGUGGGUGGGGUAGCGUAAAGGUGAUGUGGUUUUACUUAUUACGAUGUUAUUUCAAGAGUGGGGUUGAAUCUCUCUGCAGUUAGUCUCUUUGUAUUACUUCCCUGAUUUUUGAAUGUAAUAGAGGCUGAAAAAGAGAGAGGAGAGAGUUAGCCAUUUGAUUAUGUGUGGGAUUUUUUUUUUUUUUACAAAACUUUAAUUUAUCUACCCAUUGUUAUUGGUCCAUAAGGAGACUACAAGAUAUCAUGGAAUAUACCCCAGACCAUUAUCAUUGAGAGAUUUAAAAGGUAGUAGGUAAAGUGCACGGUUAUGAAAUAUAUAUAUAUUUUUCAAUCAUUGGGUAUUAAUGUGGGGAUUUCUCAAACCAGAAGGAAUCGGUGAAUGACUUAAUUGCUUCCAAACUUAUACAUGUAAUAAUAUUAAGCAGCUUGUUUUUUCCUCAAUAAUUAUCGCUUACAUUUUAUACACUACAGGACUUACUGUGAAGGUGCUUUGAUAUUUUUUACUGCUAUUAUUAACCCAAAAGCAUAUAGACAGUGGUCUGCAGUUGGAUACGCCUACAGGUCUGCAGUGGUGCAGUUCUACAAAUGUUGAGCAGUUGUUUUCAGUGACUCAGGUGUUCAUAGGGACUGGCUGCACUAUGGACAAAUCUAUUUUCAAAUCACUUUCAUUGUAUCCUAGCACUUAUGUACCCCAUGCUGGCGGAUGCAAUGCCACUUCCCGUCAAUGUAUUUCUUUUGCUAAAAAAUAGUCUGCUGUGUUUUUCAUCUUAAAAGGGAAACUUAUGUAGCUUUUCUGGGAGUUUCAGAUGUUCACUCCACCAUAUAUUUUUGUACCUUGGGCCUCUUAUAACACCCAACAGACCUUUCUCAGAUUAAUAAUAUCAGACACAUGUUCUUUGUUAUACAUACAUGGCUGCAUAUGAAGAGCACUCACUGGCACAUUAUGGAAAAAUCUAUAGAAGAGUUCAGGAUGGUGGUAAAACAUUUCUUCCGUAGUGCCCUGAGGAGCACAUCUAUCCAUGUAAUGCCAUAUAAAUGAAGUUAAAGGAGAAUAUUGUUUUGUAGUGUAAAUGUGAAACCAACCUGCACGAUAUAAAAGUAGAAGUGCAAGAAAAGAAUGAAAAGUUUAAGUUCAAUGUCAAUAAUCCUUAACGUAGAUCUAUUAAAGAUGUAUGAAACGGAUUCAGAGUGAAUGUAAAACAGUGUUUUAUCUGACAUUUUAUUUUUGGUCUUGAAAUCUCUGCUAAAGAAAGGCCACCACAUCUGAAAAU